AUGGGUGAGAGCGAAAAUUCUCGAGAGAAAAGUUUAUCUAGCGAGGAAGAAGACCUGAUGCAGAGGUCGAAUAAAAAGGUGAAAAGGACGCCAGAAAAUUCUCCGGCGGCUUUGGAAAAGGAGCAUCGUAUGGAGGAGGAUGCGAUGAUGGAAACAUUUGUUGAGGAGACUAUGGAGGAUGGGAUCACUCACAGCCACGGUCCAUGGAUUAUUGGAGAUAGCUAUCUCACCAUUAGAAAGUGGAUUUCGAAUUUCGUUGCUGAUGAAGCCCCAAUUAAGUUUCUCACAGCAUGGGUAAGAAUCCCGAAUUUGUCUAUCGAGUACUUUGGCAAGGAAUUUCUACACAAAAUAGGUUCAAAAAUAGGCAAAGUGGUGAAUAUUGACAGAAAUACAGAGGCUAAAAAAAUAGGUCAAUAUAUCAGAUUCAGUAUUGAAGUAGAUGUGACAAAGCCCCUUUUGUCAAAGUUCAGAUUAAAUGGACGAAUUUGGCGCAUUCAGUAUGAAGGUCUAAGGCAAAUAUGCUUUAAGUGUGGCAAACUGGGACAUAAAGAUAAUGAUUGUGAACUGAAAGUGGUACAAGAUAACAAUGGAGAGAAUGUCCUGGAAAAACAGGAGGAGAUCGUCCAGGAAAGUUUCAUUAAACCAAGACCAUAA